UCUAAAAUGGCUUCAAUUUUCAAUCUUCUCUCCCUCACUAUCUUUCUUGUGCUAGUUUUUCAAGCAUAUGGAGAUUGUGCUUUGAGUGAAAUUGGAGUUAGACAAUACCAAACAUCAGAAUAUGCACAUGGAAUGGAAGUGUGGAAGGUUAUUGUAACAAACAAUUGUAAAUGUACUCAAUCACAAGUGCAGUUCAAUUGCAAUGGAUUUCAAACAUAUUUAUCUGUUGAUCCAGCCAUUUUUAAUGAAAAUUGUCUUCUCAUUCAAGGAGGACCACUUUAUCCUUCUAAAUCUGUCACUUUCAAGUAUGCUUGGAACCCUAAGUUUACAUUUACACCAAUUUCUUCCCACAGUUCAUGUUCUUAGGACUUAGGAUAUUAGUAAUUAAUUAUCCAAAAAUAAAGUAGUUAUGAAUUAAUGAAAUUAAAACCUAUAGUUAUAUUGAAUCGAUUUUUGUUUACCAUGAUAAUAAUUAAUUUUCAUAA